GGACAGAAACCAAGAGAAAAGACAGACGUAUGCAGUGAGAGGAGGAUUGUUUACAUUGUUAGCAGAUGGUGGGAGGAGAGAAGAAGAAGAAAUCCAAAAAAAAGGAGGAGCAAAGGCAGAGGACGAGUGGGAGAGGAGGACAGGGCAGGAGGAGAGGGUGAAUCUGAGGACAGCUGUGCAGACUACCGCACACUUUUGACUUUUUCUUUGGGCACGAGAGUGUUGCCUAAGAGCCUCGGGCCAUUGACAGACGGGAGUGUGGAGAGCCCGGCCAUGCACCCCCCGCCCACAGUGGGCAGGCCUCCAGGUCAGAGAGGACGAAAGCCAGGCCGCAGGAAAACCAAGGUGACGGCGCUGUGGAACCAGAAGGGCCCGGCCCUGGGGCCGCAGAGCCUCCAGCCUGUCAAAGUCCUGGAGCCCAUCAAGAUCCCCAAGAAGAGAGGGCCCAAGCCUGGCAGUAAGCUGGGCUGGGCGAAGAGAGCAGGCUGGCUGGAAGAUGCCAUGGCCGGCCCAGGAAGGCCAGUGACGGGCCCAGGAAGGCCAGUGACGGGCCCCGGGAGAACCAGGGGCCGUCUGCCUGCUAACUGGGCCCAGAGGAUCGCUCUGCAGACUCAGGCCGAAGAACCCGUCAAAAUCCCAAAGAAAAGAGGGCCCAAGCCUGGCAGCAAGAGGAAACCCCGGGUGGUCCCUAAUCCGGUCCCCACGUCUCCCACCACCAGCACCCCAGAGCCCGACACUAGCACUGUGCCUCUGGACAACGCCACCAUCCCCAACUCUGCACUACAGGCCCCCACAGUUUGUGUGUACUUAACAAGUACGGCAAAGCGGGCCCCCAUCUGGACCCUGCGGCGUAUCCAGCAGCUCCCGGAUCACUUUGGGGGCACCGGGUCUUCUCCUGCCUCAAGUUGGGCACGGGGGGAAGUCAUUUCAGCUUACUUUGAGAAGCAGCAGCACACCCUGACCCUUCCCACGGUCAGCAGCGUUACCUACGUCCUCCGCUUCCUGGAGAAACUCUGUCACAACCUGCACUGCGACGCUCUGUUUGGCAGCCAGCCUGUGGCCCGAGGAGGCCUGCACUACGACACACACACACACACCGCCGAGAGGAGGAGUUUUGGGGACAGCCUAACGACGGGCCCGGGUCGAGGCACUAAGCGCUUCCUCCAGGACUUCAACAGCCCUCUUCCUCAGAAACUGCCCAAAACCCCCCGGCAGUCCACUGAUGGUGAGUCCUUCAUGGAGAACAGCGUUGGAUCAUCAGAGCACUUAAAGAAGAGCCCUCUCUCUCCAAACUCCACGGUACAAACGCCCGGCCUGCGGUCUCCCUCCAAGUUGCUGCUUCACAACAACUCUACAGGCUCAGGCAGUUUUCGGGAGAGCCCCAGGCCGAGCGGUCAGGACCCCAACCUUUGGACCGUGGAGGAAGUGAUGCAGUACAUCAGAGAGAUCGACCCAGUGCUGGCACCACAUGCUGACCUCUUCAGAAAACAUGAGAUUGACGGCAAAGCGCUCCUGUUGCUCCGCAGCGACAUGAUGAUGAAGUACAUGGGCUUAAAGCUCGGCCCCUCUCUAAAACUCCUCUUCCACAUCGACAAACUCAAACGGGGUUGAGGCGGUCAGCUGACCAGCUCCCAAAGGACUGAAUCAUCCUCUUCUAGGAUCAGUAUAUCAUGCACUUCCUAUACUGACAAUUUACAUGUAGCAAGCUCCAUCACACGACCAUAUCUGGUAUUACAAACCCUGUACUGACCUCAUCCAAUGAGGAAUGUUUAUUUUGUGUAGCACAAUCCAGCCCUAAGGCAGCAUGGGAUACGUAGGAUCACACACUUGUCCACCAUCUGUUUCACAUUUCAGUUUAACUUGAAAAGUCCUCUGUGGCCGUGUUAACUGUACAAGUUUUGUGGGCCAUUUUCUAUAGUGUUACAUUUUAUUCUGAACAUUUCAUAUUUUGUACUUCAUGGAUUUAUCAACUUUAAUUGUUGCCUUUUUCAACGGUUUGUGUCAGAAAUGCUAAAAGGAAGACAAGAAAAAACGAUAUUCAUCCCAAUAGUUGGAAAUGCUUAUGGUUAACUCCUCAAUUUGAGGAACAAUUUUGCAACCAAUGCUAUAAAAGUAAAAAAAAAACACUAUUCUGAAAAUAUUGCUAUGAAGAAAUCUGUUUAUUAAUUCUUAUUCUGGAUGUUGUUUACGAUGCCUUGUCUUGUCUUUGUUAUUUGUACUUUUUUAAUUUUUAUACUAUAUUAUUAGAGUUCCUACAUGGAGAGCCCAAGCUUAACAUUGUUCAAUAAAUAUAUAAUAAUUCAAA